AAGCGUAUUUUACUCUCUCUCUCUCUCUUUCUCUUUAAUUAUAUCACUCUCAUGUCGGUAUCUGUAGAGAGCGAAGCUGCGUCGUUUCAUGCUUCUGAAGCUCAGAAUAAUCUUCGAAGAAUUCUUGAAUCAUGCUCUAAAUUGGCUGAAGGUGGAGAUUUUCACGAGUCUGAAGGCACCAUCUCAGAGCUUGUCAUAUUCCUUGAUUCUUUGUUGGAUGCUGCUUUGUCAGACCCAGACAAUGACCAUGCAGAGAACAUUGCAUUUGAAGCUCUCUCAGAGAUCCAUCGAUAUAUCUGUUCUCCUUCUCUUGACCAGGAAGUUGUUGAUGCCCUUUCCUUUGAACUGCCAAAGGCUGUUUCAAAGUUUGUGAGCAUUUCAAGUAGAUUUUUGGACAUGGCAAUUAGCAUCAUCGAUCAGUUUAUAGCGAAAUGUGGUCCAAGGGAUAUGCUAUCAAUUCUCUGUAAUACAUUAGGUUACUCAAGUGAGAUGACCAAGGCUGCCAGUUACGUUAUUCCUCCUUUAUCAGGGCUCUCAAAGGUCUUUAUCUCCAUUCAGAGGCGUCAGUUUGAGCAAGUAAAAGAAGCCGUUCCUAUGAUUCUUAAUGUAUUGAAGGCUGUGUCUUUGGAAUCAGAUGAAGCAGACCUUGAGGGUGUAUUUGACAGAGCUGUUGAGAUUGCAAAUUCUAUAUGUGAAGUUUGCAAUAAGUUGGAGAGUGUUGCAAAGGAGAAGCUCCGAGCUCUUCUUGGUCUAUAUGUCCUGCAGUGCUUGGCUCUUGUUUCAGCCAGCUUAAGCUAUAAAGCUUCCAGUUGUCGUUCGAUGGUUUUACAACUGUCUCGAAUGUCUUCAUAUUGUGGUUUAUCAUAUCUCAAUCUAGUAACAACUUAUGAUGUCGAGACUGUGGCUUGCUCGGUUUUUGGAGAAGAUAAAGAUGAUAUGGGUUGUUUAUCUCAUGUCAAACAUGGUGCUGCUCUUUCAGUCCCUUUUUUUUCAGUGAUUUGGGGGCAUGCCUCAAAGGAGGUUGCUCAUACUGCUAAAGAGGAUUUAGUUGCCAUCAAGGAUGAACUUCGCAAUAACCAGACCAAAAGGUGGCAAGCAAUAGGAACAUUAAAGCAUGUACUUUCCUUUGUAAAUCUUCCAUGGGAGUUAAAGAAACAUACUAUCAACUUCUUGCUUUGCAUCACAGAUGGAGCUAUACCUGGAAACUACGAUGAUGAGCAUUCUGAGUGGUCAUCUUAUAUGCCAAAUCUUUUCUCAGCUUUGCAGGCUGUUAAAAUGGUUAUAAUGUAUGCCCCAGAUCCAGAACUUAGAAAAGAAGCCUUUGCUGUGCUAAAAGGAGUACUUGCUGAUAUUCCAAUUUCUCAAAGGUUUGACAUUUUCAAAGCUUUGAUUACAAAUACUGACUCUUCUUCUAUGAUAGCCAUUUUAAUCGAUCUUGUAAGGCGAGAAAUGCACACAGAAAUCUGCAGUAAUACAUCAACAGUAAAGAAUGUCGCACAGAUAGAUAACAAAGCAUAUCCAGAUACAUUAUUUUGGACUCCCAGUGUACUUGAGUUGGUGGAGUUGGUUCUAAGACCUCCACAGGGGGGACCUCCUUCCCUUCCUGAGCAGAGUGAUGCGGUUUUGUCAGCCCUCAACCUAUACAGAUUUGUAUUGAUGACAGAAUCUACAGGAAAGACAAACAGCACUGGAGUCCUGUCUAGGAGCAGUUUACUGAAGGCCUACAAUGAAUGGCUGCUUCCUUUGCGUACCUUAGUCACAGGUAUAAUGGCAGAGAACAAGAAUGAUUAUGAUCAACUUGCAAUUGACUCUGUGUGCACCCUAAAUCCACUUGAGUUGGUGUUGUACCGUUGUAUUGAGCUUGUAGAAGAGAAGCUAAAGCAAUCCACAUAAGCUGUCCCUAUAGCCUAAGUAAUUUCUUAAAUAGAUUUUGGUACAUGUCAUUUUUGAAAUAUUAAUUAUCUCAGGGAUGAGCAUGUUGUUUCUAUAGUAAUUCUUGCAGAUGCAGUCCAAUUUACAACAUUUCAUUUCAGUUGUGCUGCCU